AUGGGGAACUGUCUAAAGGCGGCUGGCGAUGAUAUUUCACUGCUUCGGGAGAGCGCCCCUACGGCCCGCGAAUCCUCUGACCAGUUUGUCUCACAGGCAGGUCUUCAGCUGGGCACCAGAAAUUCUCAAGACAAUGGCACAAACCCCACUCUCUUUUAUCCUUCGCCGAAUGUGAGUCGCCAAGCGAAUCAGUUGACAGAAGAGGAGCAGGUGAAGAUUGCACAGCGAAUUGGCCUGAUUCAGCAUUUGCCCACUGGUUCCUAUGACGGCUGCAAGAAGAACAGAGAAUGUGUCAUCUGCAUGAUUGAGUUUAGCAUCGAUGACCCGAUCCGAUUUCUGCCGUGUAUGCACAUCUACCACACCAAAUGCAUCGACGACUGGCUGAUGCGCUCCUUCACGUGCCCUUCCUGCAUGGAGCCAGUUGACUCUGCCCUCCUCUGCACCUACCAGACUGACUAA